GCACGCUUUUAAUCACGUGGGUCUGACGCAAACUGAACCUCGUGCCGGGCGGAAGCUGGAUAGAGUGUUUGUCAUAGUGACACAUGAAAGUCACCGCUUAAUUUCCCAGCGUGAACCCCAGUGAGAGACAUUUUAGCAUUCCUUUGCCGCUGAACACACUCCUGUGUUCAACAUGUUCAAGAAGUAUUCCACAGCGGAGACGUUUUUAAUGCAACGACAGUGUUUCAGAGCGGGUUUAGUUUCGGAGGACAAACGUCAAUAGCAGGAAAGAAAAGAAGAAGAAAAAAAACAAAACAAGUUGUCCUUGCGAGAAGUAGCGGUGUUUCCAAUAACCAGUGAUCGUUCGCUCCUUCAAAGAUGGCACGGAACCUCGCUAGAAUCCUCCGAGGCUGUGGGAGCCUCGUUCCAUUCAUGAAGACUCCCGCGCGCCCUCCUCGUAGCAGCAGCAGCAGCAUUCCCGUCCGGACCCUGGUGGAAAUGCUUCCAUCGCUCUUCUCCUCAAAGCCCAGAGACUUCAGCCUGCCCAACUCCUCAUGGGGGGAGGAGAUGAUGCGACUGUAUGAACAUUAUAAUGGCCACACAGAGACCGAAGGAGAGGAGAACCAGGAGAGGAAAUGGAAUCGACUACCGAGCUACAACCGUUCACUUAAAUAUGCAGCAGGUGGAGUUUAUCUGAGCAAACUCAUCCAGUCUAAAGCACGUCUGUUCACCCGAAACAUCCGAGAUCCUGGGGCGGCCUUUGAAUACGUUCUCUUUAUUGACAAAGAAAAAGAGAAGUGUGUGUGCAUUUUCCAAGCAGGUCACUUGCUGGAAGGACCUCCAGGUCAUGUCCACGGGGGGGCAAUAGCGACCAUGAUUGAUACAGUGACUGGAACUCAUGCAUCUGCAAUUUCUGCUCCAGUUCUGACGGCCAACCUCAACAUUGACUACCGCAGCCCCAUCCCACUGGGAAGCACAGUGUUGAUUGAAUCCACACUGGAGAAAACUGAGGGCAGAAAAUUAUUUAUUUCAUGUAAAGUGACGAGCACCGAUGGCUCCAAGAGACACACUGAUGCAACAGCACUGUUCGUGUCGGUCAGCAUCGGCCAUCUACUGAAAGGGUAACAACACAACUUCAGCCUGCCACAAACAAAUCUGUUACAGAUGUGCGUGUGAAGAAAAUAAGACCCCUUUUGGUUUGAAAUAUGUACAUAUUUCCAUAAAACUUUAAUUAAAUGUAAAUUAAACACUGUUUACUUUUAAUUAUAUACUAUUAUAUUAAAAUUCUAUUUAACUACACAUAUUGUUAAACUCUAUUUAAGGUUUAUUUUAUUGUAAAUUUAGUUUUAUUAUUUUAGAGGAUAUUGUGGCCUUAAACAUGAAUGAGCUGUACUUCUUUUUGUGGAGUAUUUCAAUAAACACUCACCCAUGGUGCAAUAGAAAACAAA